GAGAGAGAAAGACAAGAGAGGGAGGGUGCAAGCUUGGAAGUGUGUGAGUAAAGAGAGGAACACACACACAUACACACAAACAUCGGGGGAGAGAGAGGAACAGCAGUGUGUGUGAGAGGUUGAAGGAUCACUUCAAUCCCGUCUUGUUUCGGGGAGACUAACCUUGUUCAUCUGAGCUUUGUGGGACUGUUUUAUGUUGUUGUUGUCGAGAGAGACGGACCCGUACUCCAGCAUGCUCACUGAGCCUGAGCUACCUCAGGAGUGUAACAGGAUGUCUUCCAAGCGACCAGCCUCUCCAUAUGGGGGGACAGAUGGAGAGGUAACCAUGGCAACCAGCAGACAGCGAGUGGAGGACGAGGAGAGCGAGGGACUGGGCGGUGUCAUCCACCUCCCCCUGGCCUCCUACUGCGGCAAGGUGUCCCCUCGCUCGCCCCCCAGUCGCAACCUGGACAGCCCUCCCAGCACGGAUCACGACGGCACCAAGGGGAGUUCACCAAGUCCUUACCCACAGCACAAUGCUACCUCACCGGGCAAAGAGGAGGGCGGAGGCGGGGGGCGACCCUGCAGCGACGGCGGCUCGGCCACGGGUACCCUCGGGACCCCCGAGAGACGCAAAGGCAGCCUGGCGGAUGUUGUGGACACAUUGAAGCAACGCAAGAUGGAGGAGCUGAUCAAAAACGAGCCAGAAGAGGCCCCGAGCAUUGAGAGGCUGUUGUCAAAGGACUGGAAGGAUAAACUUUUGGCCAUGGGCUCAGGGCACAUCGGAGAAAUUAAAGGUACCCCAGACAGCCUGGCGGAGAAAGAGCGCCAGCUCAUGGGCAUGAUUGGCCAGCUGAGCAGCCUGAGGGAGCAGCUCCUGGCGGCGCACGAGGAGCAGAAGAAGCUGGCCGCCUCACAGAUGGAGAAGCAGAGGCAGCAGAUGGAGCUGGCCAAGCAGCAGCAGGACCAGAUUGCCCGGCAACAGCAGCAGCUUCUGCAGCAGCAACACAAAAUCAACCUCCUGCAGCAACAAAUCCAGCAGGUCCAGGGCCAGCUCCCUCCGCUGAUGAUUCCCGUCUUUCCUCCCGACCAGCGGACUCUGGCGGCGGCUGCAGCCCAGCAGGGCUUCCUGAUGCCCCCUGGCUUCAACUACAAGCCUGGCUGCAGUGACCCCUACCCUCUCCAGCUCAUCCCCACAACAAUGGCUGCCGCCGCAUCGCCUGGCCUGGGACCCCUACAGCUGCAGCAGUUGUACGCAGCUCAGCUGGCGGCCAUGCAGGUUUCCCCGGGGGCCAAGCAGCACGGAGGCAGCCUUCCACCCCAAGCUAACUUGGGCGCACACUCCCCACCCACCAACACACAUCCACAGAGCGACAAGGGCCGCAGCCCCCCACCAACGAGCAAGACUAAGGGCAGUGAGGGUGCACAGCCACUGAACCUGUCGGCCAAGCCUAAGGCAUCCGAGAGCAAGUCACCCAACUCCCCCCCAACUUCCCCACAGGUUCCCGCUGCUGCUGCCGCCACCAAGCUGGGCCAGGCCGGCUCCAUGAAGCACAGCACCGUGCCCUCCAGCAUCGGAGGACCACCGACCAGAGUCAGCUCAAUAGCAGACUUGUUGUCUUCGCUCUCCUCCAACACCUACCUGAACGACCACGAGGCGGUGAGCAAGGCCUUCGCCGAAGCUCGGCACAUGAAGGAGCAGCUGAAGGGGGAGCAGCAGGCCUUGGACGCCAAACUGGCCUCCGUCAGCAACCUCAGCCUCAACAACGGUCGCUCGGACAAGGACAAAGCCGCCUUGGAGAGUUUGAGUCAGCAGCUGAAGCAGCAGGCCGAGGACAAGUUCAGCCACGCCAUGCUGGACUUCACCAUGAGCGGAGACUCCGACGGGUCCCCCAGCGUGUCGGACUCCAGAAUAUUCAGAGAAGCUCGGGGUCGGAGCAGCAGCGAGCCGCACAUCAAACGGCCGAUGAACGCCUUCAUGGUUUGGGCCAAAGACGAGAGGCGGAAGAUCCUUCAGGCCUUCCCGGACAUGCACAACUCCAACAUCAGCAAGAUCCUCGGAUCGCGGUGGAAAGCCAUGACCAACCUGGAGAAGCAGCCGUACUACGAGGAGCAGGCGCGCCUCAGCAAGCAGCACCUGGAGAAAUACCCGGACUACAAGUACAAGCCGAGGCCCAAACGCACGUGUCUGGUGGACGGCAAGAAGCUGCGCAUCGGCGAGUACAAGGCCAUCAUGAGGUCCCGCAGGCAGGAGAUGAGACAGUACUUCAGUGUGGGGCAGCAGAGCCAGCUGCCUCUGUCCUCUGCAGGCAUGGUCUACCCCGGCGCCCUGUCCAUGGCGGGUAUGCCGUCCCCCCAGAUGCCCUCAGAGCACUCCAGCAUGUCCAGCAGCCCCGAGCCCAACGCCAACCACCACCAGAACCCCAACCUGCCUGGCCUGAAGGGGGACGAGCCCCGGAUCAAGGAGGAGGAGCUGCGGUUAGACGACAGCAACGGCGACGUGUACGACGACUUCGACUACGAGGACGAAGAGGCCGACUAUGCCAGCGACGACAACCACAUCACCCAUUAAGACGGCGGCAGUCGCACGCUUUGAAGCCAAUCACUGCUGGUAUCUUUAAAAACAAUCAGGAAGACUUUUCUCAAUCACCUGGAGCUUCACCACCACCACCCCCCACUGAAUUCCUGACCAACCUGGACUCGUUUUGCAGAGCCAAACCCCCCUCCCAUCCCACCGGAGCCCUGAUACCAGCAUCUGACCAAUCAACGAAAGCACAGGGCCUGUCACUCACACUGACUGUUACACAAACUGGAGUGGAGCGCUCAAGAACUGCUGCGAGAACGGUCCUGUGUGCAGAACGUUUCACGUCCAACCAGUGGACCUGUUCCAGGCCAACUGACGACACUUUAGGAAGGCGGACCUGUUUAUUAUCAAGAGACACUUUUAAGAAACAGCUUUUUUUGUUCUUUGGUUCUAUAAUAUUCUCACUCAGGUACACGGUGCCAAUAAGUGGCUUGUGAAUGUGAUUUGUUGUUUUUGUGCUACGAGUUUGAAUAAUAGAAAAAAAAAAUAAUACUUUCCCCCUUUUUGUUGUAAAGC